GAAUCGGACGGACUGAAAGGUGAGGCAGAAGAUGAAGGGACGCUGCUCCCCGUUACACCUCCACCCCUCCUCCCUCCCUGCUUCUGCCUCACUGCACUGAGAGAAAGCAUCAUCCCGGCCAGCCAAUCAGCAGGCGGCAGCGUGCGCGUGUCAUCGGGCCUGGAUACAGAGGCAGGAUGUGCUGCCGUGCGGGUUUUUGUUCCUGGUGGAGAUGAAGCGCUGGGCCUUCCUGCAGGGAGAACGUCUCCAUCCUCGGACGUGAAGCCGCCUCCGCCCGCUCACCCGCCGCCGCAGCCCCCGUCCAUGGAAGGGGGGGCUGUUUUCUGAAUCGCUCCCCUCCGCUGUGGAGAACGGAUUGUCGUCAUCUCUACAUCCAUCCCGUCUUCCUCCGCCUCCUUUUUCUCCUGGUUCUUCUAGAGGCGCUGCUGGAACAUCACACCUCCAUGUAUGACAAUUUGUACCUGCAUGGAUUUGAAGACUCAGAGGCGGGCUCAGCGGAUUCUUACACUAGCAGACCAUCAGAUUCCGAUGUUUCUCUGGAGGAGGAGCGGGAGGUCCAGGCCCAGGUGCAGAGCCAGAGCCCAAACCAGAGCCAGGCGCCGGGUCAGAGCCGGCAGGAGCGCGAGCAGCAGGCCGCCGUGCAGCUGGAGCGGGCCAAGAGUAAACCUGUGGCGUUCGCCGUCCGCACCAACGUUAGUUACUGCGGCGCCUUGGAUGAGGACGUCCCGGUUCCGGCCACCGCCAUCUCUUUUGACGCCAAGGACUUCCUGCACAUCAAAGAGAAGUUCAACAACGACUGGUGGAUCGGCCGGCUGGUGAAGGAGGGCUGCGAGAUCGGCUUCAUCCCCAGCCCCCUGAAGCUGGAGAACAUCCGCCUCCAGCAGGAGCAGAAGAGAGGACGAGUCCAAGGUAAGUCUGGAGGGAACUCCUCUUCCAGUGUAGAGGAUGAGGUCUCUGCCUCAAUCCGGCCGCUCAUAUCCUCUACAGGAAAGCAGAAACAGAAAGUGACGGAGCACGUCCCCCCGUACGAUGUGGUUCCCUCCAUGAGGCCCGUGGUGCUGGUGGGACCGUCGCUCAAGGGUUACGAAGUCACAGACAUGAUGCAGAAAGCUCUGUUCGACUUCCUCAAGCACAGAUUUGAUGGCAGGAUAACCAUCACGCGGGUCACAGCCGACAUCUCUUUGGCCAAAAGGUCUGUCCUCAACAACCCCAGUAAGCGGGCUAUCAUCGAAAGGUCCAACACCCGCUCCAGCUUAGCCGAGGUUCAGAGCGAGAUCGAGAGGAUCUUCGAGCUGGCGCGCUCGCUGCAGCUGGUCGUCCUGGAUGCCGACACCAUCAACCACCCUGCCCAGCUGCUCAAGACCUCCUUGGCCCCCAUCAUUGUCCACGUCAAAGUCUCCUCGCCAAAGGUUCUACAGCGGUUGGUCAAAUCCAGAGGGAAGUCUCAAAGCAAACACCUGAACGUCCAGCUGGUGGCAGCAGACAAACUGGCUCAGUGUCCACCGGAAAUGUUCGACGUCAUCCUGGAUGAGAACCAGCUGGAGGAUGCCUGUGAACAUCUAGCGGAAUAUCUAGAGGCGUACUGGAAGGCCACCCACACCUCCUUGGCCACGCCCCUAAAUCCCCUUCUGGGACGCAACCUGGGCUCCACGGCUCUGACCCCGUACUCCACCAGCAUCUCCGGUCUGCAGCAGAGCCAGAAGCUGCGGCAGAGCAACCACACCGGAGACCACUCCACCCCCAACGAGCGCCGGAACCUGAUGGCGGCGGAUGAGAACUACCACAACGAGCGGGCGCACAAGGGCCGCAACCGCAUGUCAUCCGGCUCGCAGCACAGCCGGGAACAGCAGGACCCCUACCAGGACUACCAGGACCCGUACCAGGACGCAUACAAGCCGCACCGCAACCGCAGCUCCCCGGGCGGCUACAGCCACGACUCCCGGCAUCGGCUCUGAGCCCGCCUCUGCUGGCGCCGAGGUGACCCGGAGUCCACGUGCAAUAGUACCAGGAGGAUCCCCCACUCUACUUUUUUAAAGAACCUUCAGGCUGCCCAGAUGAGUCAAGAUGUUUAAAAGAAGCGUCCGAAUGCCGACAACCUAAAGAUCCAGUUACCACGCCACUCAGAACCCCUCAGACGGCGGCGGUACGCCUGGAGCAUGGCGGCAGACCCAAGGACUGCCCCCACAGGCCUUGUAUAAAUCCUCAACAUUUAGCUUAUUGCAUGCUGAUAGAUGAUCGACCUCUGCAUCCACCCAGAUGACCUUUUGUACCUUCAGGACCGCUGUUGGGCGAGGUCCGGUGGUCCUGGUGGCUCGGCGGAGCGGUUCUGCCGUUCAGGUAGCUUUGAUUCUGGUGCUUCACAUUCCCAAACCGUUUUGCUGCUGGAGAACCAGGAGGAGGAAAGCCAGCUUUUCUGUAGCAUAGCUUUAGCAUCUCAUCUCAGUGAGGAGGCCCGGUUCUGCUCGGUUCUGAGGUGGAAAGGAGCACCGAGUUUCUCUGACAGCAGCAAACAUCUAAUGCAUUUCCAGAACUUUCCGCAGUUUUCGUUGGUUUUGGAGCUUCAGGCCCACAAAGACUCCUUCCACUUACGACCAGAACUCUGGGAGGCUCUCGGAGCUUUUCAGGAGCGGCACGUCCACCGAGUCCUGUUCGGUUUCGCUGGCAUGUUGUCCGGACUGCAGAGCAUGCUCUAUCAAACGUAAAAUACCCCCCUCCCUUUUUCCAACGUGAUGUUGAUAAAAUCGACCCCUCCCCCCAUUAAAGAAGAGCAAAAUAAAAACAUGAAUCCCAAA